GCGGCGCUCUCUCUCUAUCCCACCACUCGACUGACGUGCCCGAACUUGUACGACCGACACCUGAUCCGUUCGGUCGCUGCAUAGACUAGGCAGGGAAGUAUCAAAGUUACCCAAUAAACUUACAAAUGCGAUGCAAUUAACGAAGGACUCGGUGGAAAAGUAAGAGUUUACAAUUAUAUCACAGGGGAAUAGCGCGGAAUGCUGAGAAUGAUACGAGUUUGAUGGGACGGGAGAAUUUGGAGCUCCAUGCCCAAAUGGCCAAUUCUCUGCAGAGCUGUUCAAAUGUGGUUUUCACGUUGUGAUACGCACCGCGUUCUGGUUCAGAGGAAGGAUAGCCUACUCAUGCUUUCUGCAUGAAAACACCUGAAUAAGAUAGCCUAUCCAAGAUGAUCAAUCUCUUUUAUACCAAUCCUUGCAUUUAGCAGAACCAUGUGUUCUCAACAUUGAGUGUAGGUUACCAUUGACUGUAAAAAGACUACAGGUUCCAAUGGAGCACAGGAAGCAGAAGUUGAGUUCGCCCAAGGGAUUCGUCCCAGUGUUUGAGAUGCGCGGAUCUCGUCCGGUACUUUUUCUACUAGUGCUGGUGUUGGUAGGGUUGAAUGGGCUCGGCGGACUCCCUACGUGUAGAAGGAAAACGGAAGCUGGUGGGCGGUCUGUGGAGUCACUGAGCUCUGUGAAGCAUCAUCCUGUGACGGGAGCGGCAUUGAGCCGCUCCAAACGCUACGCCAUCAACCCACUGGGACAAAAGUGGAAGCAUUUCAACCUCACCUACAAGAUCGUGAAGUUUCCCAACACGCUGAACAAAGACGGCACCCGCAAGGCCAUCAGCAUUGCGUUCUCCAAGUGGAGCGACGUGUCCCCUCUCUACUUCGCUGAAAUCACAAACCCCAACAAGAGUGCUGACAUUAUCAUCGGCUUCUACACGUGGAACCACACAGACUGCUGGUGGUCUCCAUUGCACCCCUGUUUUGAUGGGCUAAACGGGGAGUUGGCCCAUGCCUUCCUGCCCCCGCGCGGGGAGAUCCACUUUGACAACCACGAGUUCUGGAUCCUGGGGAAGUCCCGCUUCAGCUGGAAACAAGGUGUAUGGUUGAAUGACCUGGUACAGGUGGCGGCUCAUGAGAUCGGGCACGCCCUGGGGCUGUGGCACUCCCGUGACCCCCAGGCCCUGAUGCACCCCAAUGCCACCUACACGGGCCAGAGGAACAUUGCCCAGGACGACAUCUGGGGAAUCCAGCGCCUCUAUGGAUGCACAGACAAGAAGCGUGUGUGUGAUCCAUGGGCUCGCCUUGGCUUCUGCGAAAGGAGGAAGAGUUUCAUGAAGAAACACUGUGCCCGACGAUGUGACCUCUGCUAUGAGCCUCUUGAGGCCAUUACCACGCCAACUCCACUGCCUGCCAACGUCAAGGUCAAGAUGGUUCCUCGUGGAAAGGUUGUGGGCUUCCGGUGUGGGACGAAGAAUCCUAGAUCGCCUCCCAAAGUCAGCUGGUACAAGGAUGGAGAACAGCUCCUGAUCUCUAUCCCCGGCUACAUCAUCAUGAAGGGCCGUGACCUCCGCAUCGUCGCCAACGAGUUUAACGAGGGCACUUACACCUGUCGCAUCCAUCGUAGCGGCAAUGUGGUCUCUGCAAACUCCUGGGCCAUCCGGCUGAAGCCUGAACAGCCCUCCAACAGUUGAGCUGAACGGAGUGAGUGAGGGAAGGGAAGAAUGAGAGCUUGGAAGGAAAGUAUGAGGCAUGAAGGAAAAGAGGACGAACCCACAGCUGUGCCACAUGUGCCUCUCCGCUAGCCGCAUUGGAAUACAGGUGGCAACAAUUAUAAUAUUAAAAGUGAACUCAGCAAUUUGACAUCAUCAUACACAGCAUGACGGCUUCCUGCUUACAAAUAUUAACCUGAUAAUUAAAAUCAGCCAAGACUGCCACAUAUUGGACCUUAUUCAAUCAGGGGUUGUGAGCUCUGAUUCAGAGGGGUUGGGUUAAAUGCGGAAGACACAUUUCAGUUGAAGGCAUUCAGUUGUACAACUGACUAGGUAUCCCCCUUUCCCUAAAAUAAAAAACCCCCACAGAAAACAGAAAACCUUAAGUUUAACCUUAGAAUCAACAGAUAAUUGACCAAUGGAAACAAACUAUGUUAACAAACUAUAGUUUUGGCAAGUCGGUUAGUACAUCUACUUUGUGCAUGACACAAGUAUUUUUUCCAACAAUUGUUUACAGACAGAUUAUUUCACUUAUAAUUCACUGUAUCACAAUUCCAGUGGGUCAGACGUUUAUGUACACUAAGUUGACUGUGCCUUUAAACAGCUUGGAUAAUUCCAGAAAAUCAUGUCUUUAGAAGAUUCUGAUGGGUUAAUUGACAUAAUUU